UUGAACCUCGGACAAGUCGGUACAUUUUGCGGAAAGUUCGAAUUGUGCACGGAAAGAUUUGUAUACUAACUUAAAGAAAAAAAAACCAAAGCAAAACAUUUUUGCAAACACAAGUUAUUUAGUGUUAAAUUUGUUCCCUGUUUCAUUUGCCAGUUCAAAGAAACCAACAAGCAAUAUAUCUUUGUCUCCACGAUAAUAUGGACUUUACAAAAUUCAUGAAUAAAUUCAACGAAAUCGAGCGACAAUUGUCGCCAACUUCCGCUUUGCGGCUUAGCUUCGAUAACAUUUCACCGGAAACCGAAGAGCCUGAAAAUAAACGCCUCUGGGGUGUACCUGUACCACCGUUUGUCUCCGAGAAGGUCGUCUCUUGGAUUGAGGAGGAAUUCACCGAUCCACCGAUAUUUUACAAUGAUACUUUGGUAUUGAAAAAGGUUGAAAAUGUCCGCAUGAUUGAUCGUUACAAUACGAAAAAUCCAAUUGUUGGCACCCUGUAUUUGACGGCUACGCAUUUGAUUUUCGUCGAACCGGACAGCAACAAAGAGACAUGGAUUCUCCAUAUGCACAUUGCAAACAUAGAAAAAUUACCACUAACCACCACAGGAUCUCCACUACUAAUACGCUGUAAGACAUUCCUAUCGGUUACCUUUGUUGUACCCAAAGACUCGGAAUGCCAUGAUGUCUAUACAUCCUUGUUAAAGCUCUAUCAACCUGUAUCUAUCAACAAAUUGUAUUGCUUCAAUUAUCAACCCGCCAAAGAUGAUUUUCCCAAAAAUAGCGGUUGGGAAUAUUUCAAGUUAGAAAGUGAAUUUAAGCGUAUGCGCGUUCCAAAUGACACCUGGACUUUAUGCAGUUUAAAUACAAAUUAUGAGCUGUGCGAUACUUAUCCCAGACAGAUAUAUGUUCCGCAAGGGGCCAACACGGCCAUGUUAAUUGGCAGUUCAAGAUUCCGCUCGAAGGGCCGAUUGCCAGCGCUGACAUAUUUACAUUCCAAUAAGGCUUCCAUUUGCCGCUGCAGUCAACCGUUGUCAGGUUUCAGUGCCCGUUGCUUGGAAGAUGAACAAAUGUUUGAGGCUAUACGCAAAACAAAUCCCAAUACAGAUCACAUGUAUGUGGUGGACACACGACCCAGGAUAAACGCUUUAGCAAAUCGUGCUGCUGGAAAAGGUUACGAAAAUGAAGCAUUCUAUGAGAAUAUAAAAUUCCACUUCCUUGGCAUUGAGAAUAUUCACACACAAAGGACAAGCUUGCAGAAAUUGAUUGAAGCCUGCGAACAGAAGACCCCAACAAUGAGUGGUUUCCUCAAUGCACUGGAGUCAUCGGGAUGGCUAAAGCACAUACGUUCGAUAUUGGAUACUUCAAGUUUCAUAUCGAAUGUGGUUGACAAAGGUGUCUCCGUGGUGGUGCACUGCUCGGAUGGCUGGGAUCGUACCGCACAAGUUUGCUCAUUGGCUUCUCUAAUGUUAGAUCCCUAUUAUCGUACAAUAAAAGGCUUCCAGGCUCUCAUCGAAAAAGAUUGGCUGGCUUUUGGUCAUAAAUUCAGCGAUCGUUGCGGACACAUACAAAAUGAUCCACGCGAGGUUUCACCGAUUUUCACCCAAUUUUUAGAUUGCACCUGGCAAUUAAUGUCACAGCGCAGUGAUGCUUUUGAAUUUAACGAACGCUUCCUUCUGAUACUGCACGAUCAUGUGCACUCGUGCCAAUUUGGCACAUUUGUGGGUAAUUGUGAAAAAGACCGCCUGGACUUGCAGCUGGCAAAGAGAACUUUCUCGCUAUGGGGUCACAUGGCCAAUCAUUUGAAUGAAUAUAUCAAUCCAUUGUACAAACCAGACGUGGAUGAGACCAUUAAACCCAAUUUGGCUCCACAGUGUAUUAAAUUUUGGCGCGGUAUGUAUAGUCGUUUUGAAAGUGGAGUUCAUCCUCGGGAGCCCUUGGGCGAUCUAUUGUUAGCCACCAAAGACCAUACAACAUCCUUGGAGGAUCAUGUACAACAUUUAACAAAGCGUAUUACUAGCUUUAAGAAUUACAUUUCCAAAUCAGCUAAGAAAAUACAAGAUGCCACCUCAUCGAAAUCCAUAACCAAAGAGUCAUCUGCAACAGAUACCAAUGAUAAUAAAUAUAAUUAUGAUAAGAAAAUGAGCGAAUUAUCUUCGGCCGAUGAUGAUCAUCCUUUGAAACUAUCUGAAGGUGGCAGCAGUGUGAGCGGUGCUAACAAUGUCAGUGGAAGCAGUGGUAGUGGCAACGGCAGUGGUGGCAUGUCAUUUGCAAGUUUAUCGCUCUCUGACGAAGUUGAUCCUAGCACCUUAAAUGAUGAAAUCAAUUCCGUGGCCGUAGAUUGGAAAUCGAUGCGUAAUGUUACAGCCUGUUCUUGCUCAACACCCUUCGAUCAGUUCAGUAAGAAGACCCAUUGCUGGAAAUGUGGCGAAAUCUUUUGCGAACGUUGCAUUGACAAAAGCAUUCCAUUGCCAGGUCAGGAUAGUGGCAAACCGGUACCGGUAUGCCGUACGUGUUUUCGUUUGGUACAGAAGAUUAGCCCAUAAAUUCAUGAUGAAACACAAACUAUUCAGUCAAACAGAAUUCCUGUAUCGCUUGUACACCAAGCGUAAGUCUGCUGUGUUAAAUGUUUGGGAUAACUAGCCACUAAUGCUGAGUGCGAAUGGGAGAGAGCGAGAGUGAGAGAGAGAGUGAGAGAGGAGUCAACGGACGAAUGAAUCUUAUACAAUACUAUUGCUUUCCAGUUUAGUUGGUUAUAAUACCAGUACCCGUACCAUAGCUGGGCGCAAGUGUGUGAAUGGAUGUAUGAUAGAUAGUGUGUGUGUGUGUAUGUGUGUGAAUGUCGUAUUUUAUUAUUCACUAAGAGGAACAAUAAUUUUUAAGCGCAUCUAUGAGUGUUGGCAUACAAUUUUCUUUUGUAUAGAAUCAAAAAGCGGAUAUAGAGAAAAUCAACCGCCCCACAAAAUGCAAUGCUACAAAGAAAAACAAAAACAAAAAAUCCAUACCGAUACCAAUAAGUGAAAGACAAAACAAAGUUACCACAAAGUUACAUAUAUCUAUAUACAUACAUACUUAUAUAUAUAUAAAAAAAAACAAAAUUAUAUUUGAAUUGCAUUUUAAAUUUGAAAACAAAAAUAUAUUGGGUUGCCCAAAAAGUAAUUGCGGAUUUUUCAUAUAGCCGGCGUUGACAAUUUUUUUCACAGCUUGUGACUCUGUAAUUGCAUUCUUUCUUCUGUCAGUUAUCAGCUGUUACUUUUAGCUUACUUUAGAAAAAAUUUUAAAAAAGGUAUAUUUGAUUCAAAUUCAUUCUAAGUUUUAUUAAAAAUGCGUUUCAAUACUUUCUUUUAAAAAAUCCGCAAUUACUUUUUGGGCAACCCAAUAAUAUAACCAUAUUAAAUCAAUGUAUACAAAUAAUAUAAAUAAGAAUAUAUAAUUAUUUCCCUAAUAUGGAGUUGUAACCCUAGGCCCCAUCAUCUCUGCUCUUUGUUCUUUUUUUCUCAAAAAAAAGUCUAAAUUUUGUAUACUUUUGACUUCAUUCUUUGUCUUUAUUUUCAUUAUAGGUAUUUAUGUUAUUUUUUUUUUAUUUAAGUAGUUCAGCGAGCAUAGUUCAAAUCUCAAAUUGUUCAUAAGUUAUGCAAAAGUCAAGCACAAAAUCCCGAAAAAAUAAAAUUGUGUUUAUUUAAAAUAAAAUCCUAGUAUCUGUAGUAUAAAGACGUUUUUAAAUCAUAAAAACUUAUCAAAUUAAAUAAUUUCAAUAAUAUUGUCGCUUAUUUAAAGAGAA